CCUUAUACUGCUGACAGAGCUGGGGAGGCCAAAAAAAGCCUGGCAGAGCCAAGCCAGCAGUGGAGGACUGAAGGAAGCGAGGGGAGAUCGCCGCCGAAAUGGCCUCCAAACUCAUGGAUCUGGUGUACUGGAGGAACAUGAGGUGGACCGGUGUGGUUUUCACGGGGCUGGUGAUGGGCCUGGCCAGCCUCUUCCAGCUGAGUGCCAUCACCGUGCUUUCUCAUGUCUGCUUGGGCAUCAUGUGCAUCACUGCUUCUCUUCGUCUCUACUACAAACUGCUGGAAGUUCUGCGCUGGAACCCUGGAGUCCACCCCUUCCAGUCGUAUUUGGACUAUGACAGCUCGCUGACGGAUAAGGAGACGGUGAUGCUGGUCGAAGAGGUGGUGCUGCUGAUUGCGUUUGCUGUCACAGAGAUCAAACGACUUCUCUUCAUCGAGAACAUGAUCGACUCUGUUAAGUUUGUGCUGCUACUCUAUCUGCUGACAUAUGUGGGCGUUGCCACCAAUGGGCUGACUCUGAUCAUCGCUGCUGUAAUUGCAGUUUUCUCUCUUCCUUUGUUAUACAAAAAACAACAGGUCCGGAUAAGGAAGGUGGCCAGAGCACUGAGAGCAUUUAUGAAGAAAAUCAGAAAUCUGUUUGACGGCCUGUACCAGAUGGUGAGACCCUCCUCUGCCCCGGCCUCCAAACCGGUGCCUCCAGCUCCUCCGGCGCUCAAACAGAAGUCCAAGUCGAAGUAACCUCUGGUUGCUCACUAAAGGAAUUUGGGAUUCAGAAAAUGUUGGAAGGGUUCAUCGUGUGUGGGGCCGCCGGUGGGGCAGCUCAUUUCCAUCUCUCCACCGUGAUUGUUUAUGGGAGGAAGAUUUAAUUGAUGCCGACAGCAGAAACAAAGCUGCCAUUCACACAGAGAAAAGGAGGGGCUGAGGAUGAGGAGGGAAAUGUUAUUUACUGAGAUGCUCUCUGUGGGCAACUCUAAUGUCCACAUGAAUGAGAACAUGCACUUUUCCACACAUCCUUAUCUUUUUAUUCGGGUGUAUUUUUUACAUAAACACAAUUUUCAUACAAACAGUUCUUGAAACAACACAUCUAAUUCUUUGUUUACAUCCUUCAAUGCUUGCCAAGUAGAAUUAAAAAAAAAUUGACUGCUAGUAGUUUUUAAAAGCUCUCAGCUUAAGUUUUAGGAACCUCAGAAAGACUUGAAAUAAUAUUGUUCUGCUCUGCAGGUGAAUUGGUUCUAAAUCAGUUUAAUUUUUUUUUUUAUACUUGCUUUAAACACUAACGUAAAACAAGAUUUCUCAGUUUUAUAUGCGCUAUAUUUUGAAUUAUUUAGAUAAAAAACGUCCCUUUUUUUGACGACCAGGGGUCAGUGCUAAAUAUUAUGCUGAUUUACAGAUUUAAGCAGCUAAGUUUUAAUACCAUCAGAUUGUAUAUCAGUCAGAUUGCCAGAAGGUGUCACUUUUAAAGCAAAUCUAUGUAGCUUUUGACACAUGUUAGCUUAAACCACACUCAUUCAAUGACUUUUCAGCUCCGUCUUCAUCUCCAGAUGCAAAUUAUUGCUCCCUCUGAGGGCAAGAUCCGUCCCUGAAUGGGAAAGGGCUGCUUUCCGUUAGUCUGUGCCUUCCUUAAACACCAGAGCUAAGUAAGCUAACAGCAACUGUUAGCUUACUUAGCUCUGACCUUUAGCAGACAUAUUUUUUGUUAUCUGAUGGAGGAUUUCAUCUAGAGGUGAAUGUCUCCUCGCCUUUACCAGGAACUCCAGGACUCUUAUACCCCUUUCCCACUGGCCGAAAAACCCGUUUAAACCGGGGAACAAUGGGCUUUCAGUGGCAGUGGGAACAGUUCAUUGACGCGUGUCUAUCCAGGUCAAACAACUCGGCAAGCGACCCACGUUAAAACCUCCUCGGCUCUGAUCGGCAUGCUAAAUUACGUGAUUCCAUUGAACGCAACGUAUCGAAGUCAACAUACCCCGCCAGUCACGUCUGAUCUAACACGCAGAAACAACUCUCAUUCGAUAAACAUGGUGAGAGGGAUUCUGACAGAUAAUAGAUUGGACACUGACUACGCCGUUUCCUUCCAUGUUGCUCUCCAUUGUUUACUGUCCUGAUUUAUAUCGCGCUGGUAACAUCAACAGCGCUAACCCAGCAUGAUGAUAUCAACAGACAUGCAGCUGCCAUCGAGGGUUAGAUCAGCUUUUUUAGUCAAUGGGAAAGGGGCAAAAUGCAGGACAACCAUGUUUGAAAAAAGUGUAUCCUGGUUUUUUUAUUGAGAAAGAGGCUUAAGAUCUACUGGUCCAAAGUUUUUUUUUAUCAGAAUCUUGUGCAGUUCUGUUGGUGAACCUGGAAGUUUCUGGUGUAGCGCCUCUGGUGGCAAAAAGUUAAAGUCAGACCUUAAAAAUCUGGUGAAAAUUGCUUCAAACUAUGCUUUCAACUAUCUUUAGUAUGGAGUGAAGAGGAGGGAUCUGUAAAGUGCAAAGUAAAUCUGAAGUAAAUAAUUUGGAGAAAAAAAUCUGAGCAAAAAAACAGAAAAACUCCCAAAACCUCAGAUUAAUAUUUUUUUUCCGAACAAUUCUGAAUUCAAAUUUUUUCAAAUCUCACUUUACAAGACACAGAGAAACCAAAAGCAGGAAACUCUUUACCUCUUUCACAUGCAGACAUAAAAUCAAUAUCUUUUAAUAUAAACUAUUUUGCUUUAUUCAGAACAUUUUCUGUGCAAAAGGCAAUACACUAAAAAACUAAUAAAAAAGGUACGCAUUUAAGUGUAAUGGCCUCUAAUCUGAGCAGGUAAAUCUGUUUUUUUUUUUCUCUUUAGAAGAAAGUUUUGGUCUUAAUCUUUUCUCCAACUGUUCAAACCUUUAGAUCUAAUUUACUGUGAAAGUAAGUAAAGCAGCUGCUCACAGAGAGUAUCUCGGUAAAAACACCAGAGAAAAGUUGGUAUUAGAUGAAACCUCAAUGACCAGUUCCUGCUCGACUGGGAGAUUUACCAUUGACCAGUUUAAGUGGAUUUGUUUUUCUUUUCCAAAAAUAACCCACAGAAACCUUCCAGAAGAAGGGCUUAAAUUGUGUCUAUUGUUCAGACAUCUUUAACUGUCACCACUUCAAACUUCCGUGUAUUUUAUUGGGAUUUUCUGAGACAGACCAACACCAAUUAGUUCAUCAUUGUGAAGCCAAACAUGAACCUUGGACACACCGGGUGUGAUCUCAUGAUGUAGGAAUGCGUUACUUAAGCAGGGACAGGGAAGCUCAGGCGGAGCGGAAUCAUUUUUGGAGGCUGCAGAAGUCUUGAGUUGGGGGAUGAUUUUCACCUUCCAGGAGGACAAACUGCUAAAAUCUGCCACCAGGAUGAUUAAAUUCUGGGGAUGGCCUAGUCAAAGUCCAGGCCAGAUUCCUGUGAAAAAGACUGCUGCUCUUUGUCCAAGCUGUUUGAGCUUGGCCCACAUUUCUGCCCGUGUGGAUUUAUGGAGCCAAACUGAAACUCCAGCGACGGCUCUUAGAUACUUCAAAAUAAUGCACCUCCUCCUGUUGGUCCUUAACAUACAGUAAAACCUACUAAAGUCUGUAACCUAAACUGUUCUCGGUAAUAAGGGCUAAAACUACUUUUACAGUCUUUAAGGGGGAAUUUUCUUUCCUGAGACAGCUAGCUGCCAACCCUGAGCCGGUGCAUGGUGAUGGUACCACCGCCUUAAGCGCGUCAAAUCAAUGUGAAAACCAAACAAACUACAGUGUCUUAACGAGCUUAGAAAUCAGUAGCAUGUGUGCAUUCUGCCUUCAGAUGUUUUCUCAUCUGGUGAUGUCUGGAUCCAGAUCUGCAGCCCGUUUGGCCAUCAGCAUUUCUACAUUUAUUUUUUUCUCGUGUGCUUUAAACUUAAGUUCUUAAAACUACAUUUUUCUGCCAUGAAAUUAACAGGAAAUCCUGGAAGUAUGUUAAUGGUAAAUUGAUGCUAAUGUAUAAAUAAAUGAUUUUCUAAGGACUGAGCAGCUUAAAGCUCCUGCAGAAAUCCUUACUGUUGUGUCAAUACUUCCACUGGUUAUCACUGUGUUUGUUGUUUCCUGUUGGGAUGUUGCUCCCUAAUAAAAGUCAUUUGCUAUAAACAUUUUGUGCACUGAGAGAUCCACCAUUUGUACAUGAUAAAAGAUGAGUUAAAAAACCAUUGAGCCGUAAAAACUUGAAACUAAAAGAAAUCAGUGUAAAAAAUGUAGUCGUAAGAACUUCUAGGUUUAUGUUUUGGGUUAUUUUAGUUUGGUGAAAGUCAUGUUAACUUUCAUCCUUUUGCUGUGAACUGCAGGAAAACCAUCUUUUAAAGUUAGAGGUUAUUGAAUAUUGACAAUAAAAAUGGCUGCUAAAGAGAUGCUGCCAACAAAAACUUUGCAAUGAUGAUAAAACAUCAUUGGUCCAUAUCCCCAGCUUAGGGCUGGGAUGGACCAAUCAUAAUAUCUCAAUAUUUUUAAACUAAAUUGCGAUAUAAGAUAUACUUUUUUAUUUUCAUAAAGUAAUUACUAAAAAAAGAAACGUUUGAAUCUUAAUAUGAAGUCAGAAUUCUGCCAAAAGUGCACACGGGUAAAAAUUUGCAGUUUUAUUGGAAACACCAAAUGCAUGUAGAUUCAAUAUGACGCCGCCAAUGUGUAACAAGCAUCAGUGUGUUCUACACGGGGCCAACGGGGCAAGGGCCCCUGUAGUAAAGACAUAACUCUAAAUGAAUUCAUUAUAAAUAAACAUGAGGUGGCAGAGAAACCAUACAUGAUAGGUUCCUUGGAACAACAUUGAUUAAAAAAAAAAUCUUUAUUUUAAAAAUGAUGGAUAAAUUAAGUUGUUGCACUUUAGUCAUAUUGAGGUAUGAUCUUAGUUUUCAUCUAUUAGAGCUGAGGUUUCCGGAGUUACAAAUGGAUUUUUGCACUCUAAAUUGGAGGUCCUCAACAGGGGGGUCUGUGACCCCAAAGGGGGUCCACAGAGGUACUGCAUGGGGGUCUAGAAGGUUUUGGUUGAUUAGACUUUUUUUAUAUUCCCCCCCUGCAAUUUUUUCGACU